ACCGAAGACAGAAUAAUAGAAUCACGAGUUCACACUUCCAUCCCAUGCACCCAUUUUAUACAUUUCUGGCAGACCAGACCGGACCACAACUCUCAUUUCCUUUAGGUUUCUCUCUGCCCGCUUCCUCGUGGGCUUCUGCAUUCCACCCAGGAAAUUGAAAUUGAAUCCAAGAAUGAAUGCAGCAGCUCCAUCGUCGUCAUCAUCAAGAAAGCUGCCUGAUUUCAAACAAUCUGUGAAAUUGAAGUAUGUGAAGCUAGGUUACCACUACCUCAUAACCCAUGGGAUGUACCUAUGUUUAUCUCCCCUUGUAGUGGUUAUUGCAGCCCAGCUAUCCACAUUCUCCCUGAGAGAUCUCUGUGUUCUAUGGGAUCAUCUAAGAUUCAAUCUCAUUUCCGUCAUAAUUUGCUCAACCCUUUUAGUCUUCUUAUCCACCCUUUAUUUCCUCACCCGUCCCCGCCCAGUCUACCUAGUGAAUUUCUCAUGUUAUAAACCCGAAGAGGCCAGGAAGUGCACCAGACAGAUUUUCAUGGAGAGGUCCCGCUUGACGGGAUCGUUCUCUGAUGAUAACCUUGAGUUCCAGAGGAAGAUUCUAGAACGAUCUGGUCUCGGCGAAUCGACUUACCUUCCCGAAGCUGUCUUGAGGGUGCCACCUAACCCUUGCAUGGCAGAAGCCAGAAAAGAAGCCGAGACCGUCAUGUUUGGCGCCAUCGAUGAGCUUCUUGCAAAAACCUGUGUUAACCCCAAAGAUAUUGGGAUCUUAGUCGUGAAUUGCAGUUUGUUCAAUCCGACCCCUUCCUUGUCUGCUAUGAUUGUGAACCACUACAAGCUUCGCGGGAAUAUCGUUAGCUAUAACCUUGGGGGCAUGGGCUGUAGUGCCGGUUUGAUCUCCAUUGAUCUCGCCAAGGAUCUCCUUCAGGUCCACCCAAACACCUAUGCUUUGGUACUCAGCAUGGAAAACAUCACAUUGAAUUGGUAUUUUGGGAACAAGAAGUCAAUGCUUCUCCCGAACUGUUUGUUCCGGAUGGGUGGGUCCGCAAUUCUGCUCUCAAACAAGAGCCGUGACCGGAGGCGGUCCAAAUACCAGUUGGUACAUACGGUCCGGACCCACAAAGGCUCGGAUGACAAAUGCUUCGCUUGCAUCACACAACAUGAGGACGAGGACGGUAAAGUGGGGGUUUCUCUCUCGAAAGAACUUAUGGCAGUGGCAGGGGAUGCCCUGAAGACGAAUAUUACCACCCUGGGUCCCCUGGUCCUACCCAUGUCUGAGCAGCUGCUCUUCUUUGCAACUUUGGUCGCUCGGAAGAUGCUGAAGAUGAAGAAGAUUAAGCCUUACAUCCCCGACUUCAAGCUGGCGUUCGAGCACUUUUGCAUACACGCGGGUGGGAGGGCGGUUUUGGAUGAAUUGGAGAAAAAUCUGCAGCUUUCUGAUUGGCAUAUGGAGCCUUCGAGGAUGACAUUAUACAGGUUUGGGAACACGUCGAGCAGCUCCCUAUGGUAUGAGCUGGCGUACUCAGAAUCCAAGGGGAGAAUUCGGAAGGGGGAUAGGACUUGGCAGAUUGCGUUCGGGUCAGGGUUCAAGUGUAACAGUGCUGUUUGGAAGGCUUUGCGGACUAUAAAACCAGCUCAUGAGAAGAAUCCGUGGAUGGAUGAGAUUGGCCAAUUCCCCGUUGAAGUUCCUAGAGUUUCCAAAUUGGAAUAGUUUCGAGGAGAAGUUAGUUCUCUAUCCGUCUAUCUAUCUGUCCAUCUAUCUAUCUAUAUAUAAAUAUAUUCUUUGUUUCUUUGACAUGGUUGUGACUCUGCAUCCUUGAAUAACCGGAGGGGCAUUAACUCUCGGUUGGUAAGUAAGGUGGAAUAUAUCCAGUUCUUAUUUUUCUAUCUUAUGUUCUCCAUUUUGAAUAUGGUAGUGGUAGUAGUAGCAUCAUUGUGAAAAGCUUAUUAUGACUUUUAGUAUCAUAUUUGUUUCAUUGGUUUGGAUGGAUAUCGGUUCAAGCACAGGAAGCAGAACUGAGAGUUAGCCUUGUUCAUGAAUGUAGUAUGUUAUUGAUGCAUAUUAUAUGUGUGGUCUUGGACGGGGCCAAUGGUUGAAUGAUAUUUCACUUCACAUUCGUUCAUUUGGCAAUGCUAAUCAAUAUUGCUCUGAAAUUACUGAAGAUGAGUGAAUAUGGGAUGGCGUUUUUUUUGUGAUGCGAAUAUCUACUGCUCCCUUUAUGGCCUAAUGGUCUCUCCGGAUGCUUUUGAAGCCCUUCUCUGAAUAUUAGCCAUUUCUGCACUGCCAAAAUAAAAUCUUCUUCAUCACUAGAAUCUAGUCGUGACCAUAAAAAGUUUUUGCUAUUUUUCAUCGAAAAUGGUCAAAGUGGAAUUGAAUUUACUCUGACAACUGAAUCACCUUCUCAUCUUCUUGUUGGACAUUCACUUUACGUGGAAAAGCAAAUGAAUUACUCCGUACAAGUUAAAGUUGACCUCAUUUCAUCCGAAGUGUUAUCACGCUUUUAUUACUCCGUAUUAUUAAUCACUAGAAAAGAAUGUGCUUUUGUAGUGUUUCUAAAAUGCUGUAUUAACAAGUCAAUGAAUUACAAAAAGUUCAAA